GAGAGAGAGAGAGAGAGAGAGAGAGAGAAGCAUGGGUAGCAUCAUUUGAUCUCUUCAGACUUCUGUUAAAAGCCUUGGGAUCGAAGGCACGGAUUUUUAAUCAUGGCAUAGCUGAAAUAUAAUCAUCUCCCUGUAAUUGCAGAGAGUGAAAAAGCUACACCUGAAAAAACAAAGGGGAGAGAGAGAGCGGGGGAGAGGGGGAAGGAGAGAGGUAUUAUCGUCUACCUUUAAUCUGAGAGAGCUUCAGAAAGUUUGGCUGAAAAGAAAAGGCUGUGAGAGUCUCCUUUCUUUCUCUCUCUUUCUCUUUCUUUGUUUCUUUUCAUGGCGCUACUUUAAGCUGAGGCUGUGACAUGAAAGAGUAAAGAGAUGAGACUAAGUAUCAAAAAGCGAGUGGCCAAAAGGAAAGGUUAUGGGUAUUUUCAAGCCCCAUCUUAAACGUUUCUUUUGAUUAGAGUGAUAGAGAUUCCAAAGGGGCUAGUUUAAUACCCAUCUUGGGAUUUUCAAGCCUUUAAAAAAAUCCCCAUGGAGUCUGCAAAUCACCAACACCAAGAACAGCUUGGUGGGUCUUCUUCUUUUGCUGUCCCAUCCCUCAAUGGAUCUGGAAACAACCAUUUAUGGAGCCAAAACCUCUUCCUGAGUGGUGGUAACUUCAAUCCAAAUGUCAAUGGACUUCUCUCAAACUCAUGGGAUUUAAGGCAAAACCAUGACAUUUUAGGCCAUCCUUCUCUCAAUACCUCCAUGUUUCAAGACUUGGGAUUUCAUUGGCCCACCAAUGCAGACAACUACACAAACCAAUUACCACAUGAACUACAAGUUUCAAAAAUCAAGGAAGAGUUAUCUGAUUCCUUCCCCAAAUAUAGUGACCUUUCUAACCUUGAUGAAUUCUAUUUGCCUUCCACCAGCUACAUCAAACAUGAACAACAGUACUUGCAAGACCUAAAUGAGAAGCUCUUGCUCAAGACCUUCUAUUCUGGCUGCCAAAUCAAUGGAUCCCAUAUCUCAGCUGGAGAUUUCUACACCAACCCUCAAAGCUCUACUAGUUUUGGGAAUGUAUCUACAUCUGGCAGAGGGAAUUUCAGUCGGAUUCUUCCAAGUACCAAUAUCUCAAGCUUUAAUCCAUCUUCAUUACCAUAUUCAAGUUCUUUAGGCAUGAACUUGCAAGCUUUGGAUCUAUUGGCUUCUGCAAAAGUCGGUGUUAACUUUAGCCAGCCUUCACUAAGUAACUUUGCUUCCUUUAAAGAAAGUGUGCCUUUUGGUCUUGACCAUCUACAUGAUUCUAGUCAGGGGCCAUCAAACAGCUCCCGAAAGAUAUCUUUCAUGAAUGGAGUAACAGAAACAAAGAGAGCUAGUAUCAUUUCAGAGCCCAAACCAUCUCAGGCAGCACCCAAGAAGCCUCGGUUCGAAUCACGCUCUUCGUUUCCGCCGUUUAAGGUUAGGAAGGAGAAAUUAGGAGAUAGAAUUGCAGCUCUUCAGCAGUUGGUUGCACCCUUUGGCAAGACGGACACAGCUUCUGUUCUACUGGAGGCCAUUGGAUAUAUCAAAUUCCUACAAGAUCAAGUCGAGACUCUAAGCGUACCAUACAUGAAGUCUUCAGGCAAUGGUGCUUGCAGUAUAGCUCAAGGGGGUUCGAGCGAGCAGGACAACGGCGAAGAACCCAAGCGAGAUCUAAGAAGCAGAGGGCUAUGCCUUGUGCCGUUGUCGUGCACAUCAUAUGUUACGAACGACAGUGGAGGAGGCGUAUGGUCGCCGCCUAACUUUAGUGGGGGUACUUAAAUUUGUAUUUAGAGGCAUAUAUCUAACUUAGAGAAGAUAAAUGCUUUUUCCUAAGUUUGAUAUUUGUAGCAUUAGCUUAGUAUUUAGGAGAUGAAUGUAUCGCAUCCCUGGGAUACAGAAACAUAUCAGUAUCGAUGGUUGCUGCUGCUGCUACAAUUUCAAUUCGACAAGAAGAGAAUCUCAUGUUAGUGGAACAAAUUUGGUCAUUUUUUGAAGAAUUCCCAAGAUAACCAACUUUGGUCCACUAAUUAUUUACCAUUUUGUGUUAAUUGAAUGGUAUAUAAAUAUCAUCUUGUUAAUUUCAUGCAAGUUUAUGUAUUUUAUUUUCUUGUACUUUUAUAUGUUAAUGGGUUCUUAUAGCUUUGUGUA